AUGGCCUUCUUCACCAUGACAGCCUGGGUGGGAAUCAUCAGCGCUCAAGUCUACGGCUUCUUCUUCAACGACAAGACACCUCUCUGGCUCGCCCGUCGCCGCGGCGGAACCUGGCACACCGAGUACCGCCUGGCAAACACCAUCCUGCCGAGCAUCAUCCUCCCCAUCGGGCUCGGGAUCUACGGCGCCGGCCUCCAAUACCACCUCCACUUCAUGGUGUUGGCGCUGGGCUCGUUCCUGAUCUGGUUUGGAGCGAUGCUUGCCCUCCCGGUCUGCUAUAACUAUAUCAUCGAAUGCUUCCUGAAUAACCCGGUCGAGGCCUCGGUGUCGCUGAACGCGUAUCGAGUCUCGUUCGGCCUGAUGUCCGUGUUCAUCGUCACGCAGUGGCAGUCUUCUGUUGGCGUGGGCUGGAUGUGGGGAAUGGGCGCGUUCCUGAUUGUUUUUGUCGAUAUUAUCAUGGCGGGAAUUAUCUUAAAGGGUCAUCUGGUGCGCAAGUGGACUGCUACGCUCGGUAGCUCUUUGGAUGUUACUGAGGAUGGAGCGAAUAUCAGUGCCAAGAAGGAGGGUGGUGUGUGA